CCUAGAGUUUUGCCUCUCCAGGUCAUCAUGUCAGACUCCAACAGCAAUGACAGAUUCUUCUUCCUAACAGGCCUCCCAGGCCUUGAGGUUGUGCACGCUUGGCUCUCCAUUCCCCUGUGUGCCAUGUAUGGGGCAUCUCUGGCAGGAAACAGUCUGAUCCUCUGGAUGGUUAGGUCAGAGACCCUCCUAGAUCAGCCUAUGUACUACUUUCUGUCCAUGUUGGCAGUGUCUGACCUGGGCCUGUCUGCCUCCACGCUGCCUACCAUGAUUAUCAUCUACAUGCUGGGUCUCAGACAGGUGGCGAAGGGUGUUUGCCUGGCACAGCUCUUCUUCAUCCACACAUUCUCCAUCAUGGAGUCCUCUGUGCUGCUGACCAUGGCCUUUGACUGUUUUGUCGCCAUCAGCAGCCCUCUUUGCUGUGAUACCAUCCUCACAAACACCCAGGUUGCCAGUUUGGAAUGGGCUAUUGUUGUGCGCAGUAUUGGUCUCCUUAUUCCAGCCCCCAUCAUGCUGAAGAAGCUGCCUUACUGCCAGAAUCCCCUGCUUUCCCACUCUUACUGUCUGUACCCUGACGUCAUGAAGCUGGCCUGUGCUGACACCCACAUCAACAGCGCCUAUAGGUUCUUUGUGGUGCUCUCCACAGUGGGGGUGGAUUCAGUACUCAUUGUCCUCUCCUAUGGGCUGAUUCUCCAAACAGUGCUGUCCAUCACCUCAAAAGCCGAGUGCCUCAAAGCCCUCAACACAUGUGUCUCCCGCAUCUGUGCUAUGCUGCUUUUCUACAUUCCCCUCAUUGGACUGUCCAUGAUCCACCGAUUUGGGAAGAGAACUUUCCCUUCUAUCCUUGUUUUGCUCUCUUAUUUGCACUUUCUCACCCCUCCAGUGCUCAAUCCAGUUGUUUACACUGUCAAGACCAAGAAGAUCUGCCGGAUGAUGCUGCAACUCUUCCGGUAUUAGAGACAUCAGUGGUCAGUAAGUGUCUGGUGGAGAGAGAAAAGGCAGGAGUGGCUUUACUCAUAACAGCGACUCUGAAUACACAACAAAUCAAUAGCAAGAAAAGAGUGUACUGUAAAACCAUUAUCCUCUUCCACAUGAAGUCCUCUUAUUAAUUCCUCUCAUAAGAGGAAAUAAUCUACCUAUUUAUUUACUUUUUCAUAAAAAGAAAUA